AUGCCAUUUCCUGUCGAGGCUGUUGCUUCUGGUAAAGAAUUUCAAAAAGCGCAUGGUGAUGCGAAACAGACAACGACUUCAAACGUUAAGGUAGAGUUUCUGAAUCAGCUCCGUUCCCUUGUGGAAAAGCUGUUAAAUCCACGCAAUGUUGUGGUCAAGCAAAUCAGCGGCCGAGAGAAGACAUGCCGUGAACUUGUGGAUUACUUCAAAGUCAGUUUUUUUUUUGUAAAUGUAGUAAAAUGA